GGAGAGAGAGAGAGCGCGCGAAGCAGACUGGAAAGGCGGAAAGGAGAGUCGCGAGGUACGCGUCCGUCACGCACCGAGUGUUUGUCUCGGCUGGCUGGAAGCGCGCCGUUUCCCAGGGAGAAAAUGAGAGCGACGUCCUCGUGCUCGUGAAACUACAGGAGGAGGAUCCGGCGCGACGCUUGAGAAGGCAGGAAAUGUACGGCGCUGAGAGGGAGGAGGUAUCUGAAAGUUGGCUGCACACGUAUGACCUGAGCAGUACUAUGAUCCCCAAUGCGAGCACGGCGAUGGACGACGAGGAGCACUUCUGCAAGCUCAUUCUGUACAAGGAGAUCAAGGACUCCAGAGUGCGUAUCUGGGACGUCAUCAUCCUGGUGCCGAAUCUCCUGUUUCUCCUGUUCAUCGCGAUGCGGUUCAACAGAGCGAGGCUCAAGUUACGCGCGACGAGUAGCCCGAUAUUCUUAGCGUUUUACGGUCUGGUCAUUUGUAACGUAGUUAUAUCAGUGGUGCGCUGCGUCGUGUCGAUGACGGUGAACGCGGCGGCGUCGGUCGGCGGCAAGGCCGACAAGGUCCUGUGGGUCACUGUGAGGUUUUUUCUACUGUCCACGGAGAUGAGCGUAGUUAUAUUCGGUCUGGCGUUUGGUCACUUGGACAGCCGCUCCAGUAUUCGUAGAGUAUUACUCGCUACGUCCCUCAUAGCGCUGGCGUAUACGAUCACCCAAGGAACGCUAGAGCUGGUCCUGCCGGACGACACGUUCCAUAUUCCCAGCCGCGACUUUUACGUAUUCGGUCACGGCGGUAUGAUGUUUUGGUUUUGCAGCAGUGUCGUCUUCACAACGAUAUAUCUCUUCAUAUUAAUACUGCCAUGGACACGGUUGCGGGACCGCCUAGCACUCCCCACACGGAAAAGCUUUUACGUUUACGUUGGUAUACUAGCUACGUUGGACCUAGUACAGUCAAUUGGCGCAGGCUUUCUAACUUAUACGGAUUAUGGGCUAUGCGUCGUAGACUUCACCGCAGCAGUGUAUUUAACCCUGUUCACCCCUUUGGUCUACCAUACAUUCCUGUCAGAGUUCUUCGGGGUCUCGCAACCUUCGAUAAUGUUCUCUUACAAGGCGCAAGUGGACGACGCGAUGGACGAAGACACUGUGUCGUUACCGCACCAACAGAGUUUUUCAUCCUUGAAAACCGACAGCGAUUACAUCUAUCAGAAUCACAGUGUUUAUGACUCGACCCAGUUUGACACGAACGCUACGCCAAUCAACCCGCUCUAUGCAGCGUCUCUUCAAAGUCCAGAUAGUAUUACCGGUUACAGUAUAGACAGUCAAGAAACGCCGAAUCCGCCGAAUGGCUACCAACAAUGAGCCGUCGCUCAUAUCGAUUCGUGCGCUAUAAAGAUAACAGAACGAGCCCGAGUACCAGUUACUCGACGAUCAAAUUGCAGCUUAGCUAAAAGAGCUUCGUGAUCCUCUCUACAUAAGGAAUUUGUUACUUUCCUCCGAAAAGAGCGCGUCGUGCGAAAAGAAGUUCGGGGAUCGGAGUGAGAUAUGAUUAUUGUAAGUCGACGGAAGGAUUCUAGUCGCCCUCGAGUAUUUUCAGGGGCCGCGUAAUACGUUUACGGAUAAAAAUACGGAUGCUUUUGGUCUCCAUGUGAUAGUAGGCGCAGAUGCCCAAAAUGUGAUCGCGAAACGCUGGAAGAAAUCUCGCAAAACUCGGAAUCUCCAGUCUAGCUUUAGUUUGCUUUAUUUAGGGCAAGUUCUUGAAGGACGAUUAGGGGUAGCGUAUCAAUUCACAUUAGUUUUGUACUUAAAUAGACCUUGGGACGUCAAGUGAAUUUUUACUGCACGCGAAAAAUAGAAUGUAUUCUUUUCGGCGAUGUUGCGCAUUUAUCUCAAAUUAAGUACAGGACGUAGGUCAUUCUAGGAUUCGCAUACAUCCGAUCGCAGACUCGUUUACCGUGCUCUCUUCAUCCGUUUUAAAAACGUGUUUUUUACCCAGACGUAAAAUCCAGUGGAAAAAUAGCGACAAAAAAAACCAAUUCACUUUUAAAUGCCUUAGACUUAAUGUAGCGAAAUACAUGCGACUUUUAGAAUGCCCUAUACGCACGGUGCGUUCAUCAUCACGACGUGUCAUCCCCGUCGACAAAUGCUCUUUGUUUUGUAUCGAGAAGUGCAAGUUGGCAUGCCGGCCGUGGAUUCCUAGUGAGACGAACAAAAAGAAAAAAAGAACACUUAGAUUUAACUUCUGAAACUUGCUUAUCGUUUCUCCGUCCAAAGUGGACGUCGUCGUAUCGCUCGAAAGUCCUCGUUGCGCGCGAAGCGACGCGCGGGCGACAAGCCGGACACUCGCUAUUUUCUUACUUUUGCAUCGAAAAUCAUUAGAUCGAUUAAGGGACAAUAGGAGUCAUUAAAGUUAAAAGUCGCGCGGAGAUAAUUUUUAGACUUAAGGAAAGAAAACUUCUUCAAAUGCUCCAAUAAUUACGAAGACUCCAUCCAUGAUGUAUAUACAUGAUCUGUAAUUCUAGUGUAAAGGAUCGUACUAUUUAUAUAUCUUAAUAUAUACAUAUAUAUAAUAUAUAUAUAUAUUUAUCAAUAUAUUACGUAUCUCCGUAUCGUAAUUAAAUUCGUACAACUGGCAGGUCUUAUGACGACCCUGCGCUGCCCGCGUUUUUCACCUGGACGUUCAUUUCGCGCGGGGAAAGAGGGGAGGAGAUAGAGAUAAGAGAUUAAAAAACAAAGAAUACGAAAUUAGCGUCAUAGAGGCUAUCGUCAUUCUCGAAGACGCGUUCACGAGGUUGUAACGCAGAUUCCUCCGUUUUCCUACGUGGAUUGGAGGAGGGUGGGAAUCCAGGAAGGAGCAAAAUUAAUAGUGAUAUAACGUAACUUAUUUUCUAGCGUAAAUUCGUUCGAAGUUGUAUAUACGGAACGGUGUGCGUGGAACGAUGUUACACAAUGAGUCUCUCUGUCAAUUGCAAUUGCUUUUUACCAUUUCCGACUAUCCGUCACCCUGCACUCUCCACGAACCAUCACCUGCGAUCGUCUGACCGUGUGAUUCUUUUGUAAAACAUCGAGUGCAGUGUAUAAGGCAAUAUAUUGUGACCGCGUCAUAUAGCUAUACCUAAUUUUAAAAAAAGUAAAAUAAACAUGAAUGACAAUUCAA